AUGGUUUUAAAUAAUGUAUAUAAUACUCAAAAUGGCGAGAAUGAUAAAAAUAAAGAUCAAGAAAAACAGUUGUUUGUAAAUCCACACGAUAUGCUUUAUAAGAAUUCAGAACAAACAUUGAGACCAGAUUUGGAUGCCUGGCCUAGAAAUAUAUCAACAACAAAUUUAAGUUUUGGAACAACGCGCGAUUUGACCUCUAGCACAGAUACAAAAAUUAAUUCAAGUAUUAAAACCAGCUUUAUGAACAAAAUAUCAUUUAUAAAUAAAUUACAGAACAAACAAACAGAACCUAAUUUUGAUAUAGAAGAAAAUGAUGGACUUGCUAAAAGAUAUGUCAAUAGAUUAUCUGUAAUUCCAGAUAUGUCUUAUUGUACUGAAAAUGAAAAUAAAAUGGAUGACAAUAAUAAUAACACCAUUGAAUUAGAAAGAAUCGAUAGUUUGUUAUUACCCCCAUGUUCUACACCACCGCAGUCUGCUUUAAUGGGGAAAAAUCAAACGAAAAGUUGUGCAACGACGAAACCAUUAAACAGACUGGAAUUUAGUAGCGACCAGGACGAUAAUAAUACGAUAUCUAUGGAAAAUGAUUAUUUUGAUAAAUAUUCAGCGGAUAUUCCAAUUAUCCCAACGGGGAACACUGCCAAGCCAGUGGUUGAUUUGUCCUUUUUAGAUUUGCCGAAGCAUGAUAACAUCAGGAUAACGACGGAACUCUCGAAGAUUGAAGACGAUGUUGAAAGAAUAGAUAAUUCUAAGCUUUUGGGUGCCGAACCACCUAUUAUUUAUCAAAAUACCGAAUUCAUGUUUCCUGCCAAACGAGAUGAUGGGCAUAAUUCAUUCUUUGCUAAUGAGAAGUUCCAAAAUAAUACGGACACAGUAGAUAUGUUAGAUGAAUUUUUACAGGAUAGAAAACAAUUUCAUUUCGAAGAUGAAAAUGAAGGGAGUAUAAUAAAUGAAGGUUUAUCAUACAGAGAAUCGGUUUUAUUAGAGGAUAGUUUCCAAGAAACGCCAAUACAUACUCAUUUUACGCAUAAAUAUAAAAAUUCCAAUGCCAUUUUGUCUUCUCCAACAAAAUCGGUAUCUUCAUCAAUAGCAUCGGGAAAAUUGGCCAAUAUAUUUAAUUCAUCUUCUCCUUCCACUUCCCCAACGGCGACUUUUAGCAAUCAUGGUGGUACGAAAAAUAACACCAAUGCUAGACACCAGCACACUUAUUCCUUGUCUUCUCAGCGGAAUAAUAUAAUUAGUCACAAACCAUCUUUGAGUGCUUCUUCAUACUCUACAGUUAAACACUCACCUAUAGGAUAUACUCGUGUCACUUCAAGCACUUUUGGAGGUCCGGCUAUUAAUAAUAGUAAUCAUCCUCCCAAUACCACUUUACAAAUGCGCACUGCAUCAUCUAGUCCUAUUAAGGGUAAAACAAGAAGGUUAAGUGCUAAAUUAUCACUUUCAAAUAUUUCCUUCAUAUCCGAACCAGAUGAACAACAAAAAAAAAGGGAUGGUAUAGUUGAUUUUAGCUAUGUCCAAUCUUUGCAGAAAAAUCACAGCCCUAGUAAAUCAGUUAAUUCUUCUAAGGACACAAAAUUAAUAAUAUCUCAACCUUCCACACCAAUAGAAAAUAGAAGGAUAUCAAAUUUUAUCAAGAUUAAUUUAGGUGAUAUUAAUUUAAAGAAUAGAAAAACUUCUUUGGUUCAAAACUCAGAAUUAGGUGCGAUGAAAAGAAAGACUGCAGAUGAAGUGAUUUAUAAAGAACCAUACGAUACUAGCGAACAUGUUAACGAAGGUCGUAGUACCAAUACCAUAUUUGUUAAUCCACAAAAUGUUAUAUCUAAUACGGUAAACAAGAGAAUUAAUAGUGAAAAUAGUAACAGUAGCGAAGAAUCGACUUUUCCUAAUAUUUUAGUCAGUGAAUAUGAUAAAGAAAAAUGGAAAAUUAUAACGGACCCAAUAAGAAUUUAA